AGAUGCCCAGGAGAUGGAGCCACAUCAUGACUUGUAAAUCAGCCUGAACUUCACCUGUGCACAUCAGUACCUCAGUCCAGGAACCCUGAUCAUACUGACCAUGAGAAAACAAACAACUGAAAUAUUUCCUCACAUCAGAAAAAUGGAAUUCUGUGCAAAUGAGUUCAUUUCAGAAGUUUAAACUUAAUAAAUAAAAAUAAAACUAUAAAACUAAUAUUUACAAAUCAGAUUUAUUCACUGUCAGUUUUACCUCUGCUUUAUUCUGGUCAGGGUUGCAGUGGGUCUGAUUAUUUGGGCGAAAGGCCAGAAACACCCUGGGCAGGGCGCCCGUCCAUCACAGGGCACACACACACACACACACACACACGGUGAGUGUAAUUUCUAGUAGCUGUGGAAGGAAACCCACAUGGACAAGGGGAGAACAUGCAAACUCACACAGGAAGGACCCUGGCUGUCUGUCUAGGGAAUCGAACCCAGGCGACAGUGCUACCCACCUAAAUCAUAAUCAGAGCUGAAAUAUCACAUGUAAGUGAGAAUCAGGUGCACUGAGUGUUUCAGGACCUCAACAGGAAGUAGAAUCAGUUCAGCGUUUACAUUUCUACAUCCUGUGUGUGUGUGUGUUUCUUUGACAUUAACUUCCUGUCAUCACUUCCACAUCAGAAGCGAGUGACACCAUGAAGAUCAGACGGAGGCUGAGGGCGUCCUUCAGCUUCAGCUUCAGCUUCAUCUUCAUCUUCUGGUCAGGCGUGGCGGGUGAUGAUGUCACGUGUCAGCCGGUGCAGGUCCGUCUCAAUCAGUCGGCGUCUCUCACCUGUAGAGUUCAGGGCAAUUCCACCGUGGUUCAGUCCGAGUGGACUCGCUGUAAUGACUCUUCCAGCAUCGUGGUGUUCAGUUCCACUCACAGACUCACCGUGAACGAGCCCUAUAGGGACCGGGUGAGGAUCCAGGACUACCACACUCUCACCCUGACCCGGGUGCAGGAGGAAGAUUUCGGGAUGUACUGCUGCAAAAUAACAGCGUUUCCCAGCGGGAGUCUGGAGGGGCGCGUCCACCUGGAACUGACCGGGAAAGAACCGACCCCACUGUCAGGUUCGUCCAUGAUGACGUGGAUCUACAUCAGCUGUGGUGUGGCUGGACUCAUCAUUCUGCUCUUGAUCGGCAUCGCACUGGCUUGUAAGAAGAAGAAAAGAAAGAUCCGUAACCCGGUUCACGUUACACUGAGGUGCGCCAGCGUGAGUCCUCACCAACCGUCAGUGCUUCAGAAGGACCCUCACACACCCGAGGAUGAGGACGAUGAGGACGGCAUGUACCUGAACAUGAAGACCUCGCCGUAGCCAGAAUAUAAUGUACACAGAACUUUAUUUCUUUAAAAGUACACAUUCCAAUCCCUCCCACACCUCUCACCCCUACCCCUCAUCCCUCUACCCAUCUAUCCUCGUCCCAUCUCCCCUCGUCCCAUCUCCCCUCGUUCCAUCUAUCCUCACCUCCUCUAUCCUCCUAUUUUAAGGAGGAUGUUAGACUAGUUUUAAAAGAGGUUUAGACUGGUGGAAGGUGGGUUUUGGGCUGGUGUUUGGGCUGGUGUUUGGGCUGGUUUUGGUGUUAGAUUAGUGUUUAAGCUGGUUUUAAACAGUGAGUUUGAGUCUUUAUUUUGUUUAACUGGUUUUGAGCAGAUUGGAUUUUAAACUUUAAAGCUUUUUUGCAUAACCAGUGCUGGACUCCAGUUCCUGCAUAUAAAUAAUGUUAACAUUUAUAUAUUGUGUAAAGUUUUAAACAAUGUAAAUAUAAAUAAAAAUAAAUAAUCUGAUGUAUUAUGUAACUGGGUUGUUAACACGGGGUGUUACUGGGGGUUACACAGCAUAUUUAGUUUCAUAUUUUCUACCCAGUGCUGAUCAUCAAUAAUAAAUUAUUCACCUCUGUACUUUUCUAGACUCAAAUAUAAAAUAUGUGUCAUCAUUAUAGAGUGAGGACACUUACAGCUGCAGGAACAAGUUUGUGAACCCAUUUGUUAUUCAACACAAUCAUUUUUUAUCAUCCAGCCUGGAAACAGCAAGUGAGCUCGUACUGAUAGUUCUGAGUGUGCAGUGAGCACCAGUCAUCAGAUUAAUACGUGUCCUACAACUAAUAAAAACUAAACUUUAUAUCAGAA